ACGUGAUGUGGGGUUACGCCAGGCGCGCUGCCAGUUCGAGGGGGUGGAGCCCGGCGUUCUUUUGUGGGCGGGGCAUGGGCCGCGGCGUUCUCGUGUGGCCCCGCCCCCUGGCUAGGGGCGGGGCGGGGCUGCCCCCAGGUUGGCCUGGAGCUCUGGCGGGGAGGCGGAGCAUGGGGGCAACGCCAUGAGGGCAGGUGUCUGCCCUAGGGUGUGGCUUGUGCCCCUGUGGCAGGGAGGGCUGCAAGGUCACUGGCGGGGUGGCUGCAGUUCCUGGGACCUUGAUGGCAUGGGCAGGCAGUGGCAGGUCCCUAGCAUCCCCCAGCCCUAGUUUCCCAUUAGCUGGUUCCCCCAUGGAGCCAGGGGGGAGAAUUUUUUCCCCCCGGGGUGUCAGGGUUUUUUCACCUUUCUCAAAGGUGUGGGGCGUUGGCGUCAGCCACAGCUGGGGAUGGCGACUGGGCUGUGCCAGGACUACUGCUGGCGCUUGAACGCAGAGGUUCCUGGCUAGAGGAUCUUGUCCUUCUGCUCAGGGUCAGACCGAUUGCCAUAUCUGGGGUUGGGAAGGCAUUUUCCUCCAUGGUCAGAUUGGUAGGAACUCUGCGGGUUUUUGUCUCCCUUUGUAGCAGGAGGCAUGGCUCUCUUCCUGGGAUCUCUCGAGCAUAUAUUAACAGUCUUUUCAGCAGCAGGAUGCUGGCUGCCAUGGUGCCCCUGCUUUCCCUGUGGCAGGAGCAGCAGACAAGCUGGACAGAUGACCUGCCCCUCUGCCAGCUCUCUGGAGUGGGCUCUGCUCCCAACCGGUCGUAUGGCGCAGAUGGCAAGAGCAGUGAGGGGCACCCCUGGGAAGACAACUGGCUGAAGUUCCGGGGUGAGAACAGCUGUUACCUCUAUGGGGUCUUCAAUGGCUACGAUGGCAACCGAGUCACCAACUUUGUGGGCCAGAGACUCUCUGCAGAACUGCUGCUGGGCCAGCUCCACACGGAUCACAGUGACGCUGAUGUGUACCGAGUCCUGCUGCAGGCUUUUGAUGUGGUAGAAAGAAGUUUCCUGGAGUCCAUUGAUGAUGCUUUGGCAGAGAAGGCCAGCUUGCAGUCCCAGCUGCCAGAGGGGGUGCCCCAGCACCAGCUACCUUCUCAGUACCAGAAGAUUGUGGAAAGGCUUAAGGCCGUAGAGCGGGAAAUCUCUGGAGGAGCCAUGGCUAUUGUGGCAGUCAUUCUCAACAACAAGCUGUACAUCGCCAAUGUAGGUACAAAUCGUGCGCUCCUGUGCAAGUCUACUGUGGAUGGGCUGCAGGUGAUGCAGCUAAACGUGGACCACACCACGGAGAAUGAGGAUGAGCUGUUCCGCUUCUCUCAGUUGGGUUUGGAUGCAGGGAAGAUAAAGCAAGUGGGAACUAUCUGCGGGCAGGAGAGCACCCGGCGCAUUGGGGAUUACAAGGUCAAAUAUGGCUACACUGAUAUCGAACUCCUCAGUGCUGCUAAAUCUAAGCCUAUCAUAGCAGAGCCCGAAAUCCAUGGAGGGCACUCCCUGGAUGGGGUGACUGGUUUCCUGGUGCUCAUGUCAGAAGGACUCUACAAAGCUCUGGAGGCAGCUCAUGGGCCUGGGCAGGCCAAUCAGGAGAUUGCAGCCAUGAUAGCCACUGAGUUUGCUAAGCAAACUUCGCUGGAUGCUGUAGCUCAGGCUGUGGUGGACCGGGUGAAACGGAUCCAUUGCGACACCUUUGCCAGUGGUGGGGAGCGAUCCAAGUUCUGUCCCCGGCAUGAGGAUAUGACUGUGCUGGUGAGGAACUUUGGUCACCCGCUGGGUGAGAUGAGCCAGCCCACACUGACGCCAACACAAGGAGGCCGCAUCUACCCUGUUUCUGUGCCAUACUCCAGCGCCCAGAGCACGAGCAAGACCAGCGUGACACUGUCCCUUGUCAUGCCUUCUCAAGGCCAGAUGGUCAAUGGUGCCCACAGUAGCUCCACUCUGGAUGAAGCCACCCCAACUCUUACAAAUCAGAGCCCAACUGUGACUCUCCAGUCCACCAACACCCAUACUCAGAGCAGCAGCUCAAGUUCAGAUGGGGGCCUCUUCCGUUCCCGUCCCACCCAUUCCCUCCAGCCUGAUGAAGAUGGACGUGUAGAGCCCUACGUGGACUUUGCAGAGUUCUACCGGCUUUGGAACCUGGACCAUGGUGAACAGGGAGCACUCACAGUGUCAUAAUGUGGGGAGAAGAAGGGAGAGGCAUCCUGCAACCACAGUGAGCUCGACAGAGACACACAGGCAAAGACUAAGCUCAAGAACAGCUUGACCUAGAAACUCCUCAUUUGUUUUGCUGAGCUUGCCUUGUACAGAAUGAGGGACUUUCAGCAUCGUCAGGGGCUAAUGCUCUGGGCCCAGUUCCAGUGCCCUUCAUGUGAAGCAAGGGAGUGAGGUGAGCAGCUGAGAGAGCAGUAUCCACACAAGAUGGUGAACAGUUUCUGGGAUAUCUCGGUGUUUGAGAGAUGGAUCAAAAGGGUUGUACAUAGCCUGUCCUUCCCUCACAUGUUCCCAGUUAUGUGAAACCUCAGCCUUUGCAGCUUGCUUUAAGAGCAGUUAACAAGAAUCAGGUGGUGCCCCAGAGUAACAGGUUCUUAGCACAAGUUGAGUGAGCAGUAGUUUUCCAACAUGACGUCCCAGAAGCCACCAAACCUUUAGGAAGGAUGAUGUUACCCAUAAGCCACCUUCACUGCAAGGAGAGAAGAACACAACCUAAAGCUUUACUUGGAGAAGGGGUGACACCAUCAAUUAGAUUCUGGUGAGUAUUCAUUUCUCUGGCUGCAAUUUCCGUAAUGCAACCAAUAACACGAACAUCUACCUGAAUGUUCUGGUAGAGAUCUAGGUUGCUAAACUGGAUUCUUAACAUAGUAUGCAAGCACUUCCAUGGAUGAUGGAGUUAACAUUAACAUUCAAUUACUCAAUAACUAAAAGAUGGGAGCAAGUUCAGGUCAUGUCUGUUUGCUUGUAUGAAAGGAUCACUUUAUGCAGAGCUCCUUUUUGCCUGUUCAGUUUGAACACUUAUUGAAUGUAAGUAUCCAGUACAGCAAACCCCACAGAUCAGAUGUGUGUAUGAAAGCAAAAUCUCCAUUUCAGAAAGGAAACACCAAGUUCUGUUCAGCAUUUCAGCAUUGAGGCAGAUCACCCCCUUUAUAAGUGGCUCCAGCUGGCGCUGUCAUGCACUGCAACAUUCCUUACCUUCAGUGAAGUGGUGUGCAGAAAAGUAAGAAAUGCUGUCCUGUCUUUGAAAAAAAAAAUCAGAGUAGCAGCUCCUAACCUGACCCUUAAAACAGAAUUGUAGCUGAGGAAUCUACAUGAGGGUUGAGUACAUCAGCACCAAAAGGCAAUAGCUUUUGGAAAUGAUUUUUUGAACCAGGUAGCUGAAUAAGCAAU